AUGGUGUUUGCUGGAUGCUGGGUUCAGCUGCGAGGAGGAGAGGCUCGGAGGUCACUGCCUCCAGGAGUGAAAACAGAGGCAAAACAGUUGCUAAGGUUGAACGGCCAGUACCGUGUCGUCAUGCUAGCAGGGACAGGGGACCCUUUCACACCGUCUAGUUGGUCACAGUUGACUAUCGAAGACCAAUUAUUCUUCCAUCUUCGCAUCGCAGCGGCCUCGGCCACAAUAAACACACGAACCAUGGGUUGCUUCUUUCGGCGGAUGGCCUGCCCCACCGGGCCGAGUGGCUGUUAUGUACUUUACCUUACAGAAAUAUUGAGUAUGUACAAGGGUGCAUUAGAAGUAUCUGGUAUCAGUAUAUACUGGUUCUCCAUCUCACCACAUCAUCGACUGGCUCUCGUUGCAUCCACUCACUCACUCACUAACUCCGCCUCAAUCCAGUCCACGGAUAUCGACUCCGGUCUGAACACGCGGCUUCUAAAGUAUUCAUCUUCUCGGUUUACACUCUUCUCUUAUCCCUCAACCUCCCCAAUUCACUCUCAUUCCCUUUCUCCGCUGGACCUUACUUUGUACAUUCCAUCCGCUCAAGGGCCUCAGAUCAUUUGCUCUUCCCCUCUCCCUUGCUCCGCCGGCUUCUUCUGCCUGCCUGUGCGCCUGCGCCAACGCCGGGGUGGAUCCCAGCCGUCAGAACGAUAG